GAUGACCCCAAAGCGAUUUUUUUUUUAAAGUCCAUAUUGAUACAAAAACAUGAAACAAUUAUUCAGUUUUGUUAAGAACAAGUUGAUUGGCAAAAGUCAUGAAACAUUGGAAGAAUUGAAUAAACCACAUUUGGGCUAUGAUAAAAAUGAUGCCUCUGGGGUCAGAAUGACCAGUCGGGUAGCUUGAAGGUAAACCUCCUCUAGUGUGGGAGAGCAGUGGAGAAUCACAGAGUAGGCUAUAUGGGAGUUGUAGUUUUAAGGAGGCCAGUGGUAAAACAAUAGCCUACAUGCCUACAGUAUGCAAUGUAACUGUAUAAUGUAACCAUACAGUGCAACACAUCCAUUAAAAUAUCAACACCCACAUGGUGACAGUGGUUCUCUGCUUUCCAGGCCUGUCUCCCAAAUGACACCCUAUUCCCUUUAUAGUGCACUACUUUUGACCAGGGCCCAUGGGGUUAGAGCAUGUAGGUUCCUGUUGUCAGUUCCUGUUGUCUGUUGAGUCAGUCUGUGGUGUUAGAGGUUAAGAUAAAAAGAUGUUGAACGGGUGCUGGGGUGAGACUGUCUCAGAGCACGAGAGGAACUAAAACAAGCCAGUCAGAUCUUCUAAGAAAGGAUGGCUGUUAUUGAUGCAGUGCUGGAUUGUCUGCUAGAUGGACUCCUGGGUCUGGGUCGUCUCCUGUCUCCUCUCUGCUCCCUCUUUGUUCUCCUCCAGCUCUCGGCUCUGGUUGUCCUCCUCCUCCUGUCCCUCCGUGUUGUCUGUCUGCUGUGGAGCCAUGCUCAGUUCACCAGACGUCUCCGGUGCUUCAGUAAGCCCCCCACACAAAACUGGCUAAUGGGACACCUAGGAGAGAUGCGGAGCACGGAGGAGGGCCUGCAGGCGGUAGAUCAGCUGGUAAGAACCUACAGCCACUCCUGCUCCUGGUUUCUGGGCCCCUUCUACUCCCUGGUACGACUCUUCCACCCUGACUACAUCAAGCCUCUGCUGCUGGCACCAGCUUCCAUCACAGUCAAAGAUGAGCUGUUCUAUGGGUUCUUGAGACCAUGGCUGGGACAGAGUCUUCUCCUGAGUAACGGAGAGGACUGGUCUCGUCGUAGACGUCUACUCACUCCUGCAUUCCAUUUCGACAUCCUCAAGAACUAUGUGAAGAUCUUCAACCACUCCUCCGACGUCAUGCAUUCUAAGUGGCGCCGCCUGGUGGCCGAGGGAGAGAGCCACCAGGACAUGUUCAGUCACAUCAGCCUGAUGACUCUGGACAGUCUGCUCAGAUGUACCUUCAGCCACAACAGCAACUGCCAGGAGAGCUCCAGUGAGUACAUAGCAGCCAUUUUUGAGCUGAGCACCUUGGUGAUCGAGCGGAGAGGACGUAUCCUGCACCACUGGGACUGGCUGUACUGGAGGUCCCCAGAGGGACAACGCUUCAAACAGGCCUGCAGUGUAGUACACAGGUUCACCAGGACUGUUGUCCAGGAGCGCAGAGCCCAGCUUCUCCACAAGGGGGAGCCAGAGAGCCACACUGACAACACAGGAGGGGAGGAGAAGAGGAAAAGAGUAGCAGACUUCAUUGAUUUGUUACUGCUGUCAAAGGAUGAGGAAGGCCAUGGUCUCACAGAUGAGGAGAUAAAAGCAGAGGCAGACACUUUCAUGUUUGGAGGUCAUGACACCACGGCCAGCGGGAUCAGCUGGGUUCUGUAUAACCUGUCUCAGCAUCAGGACUACCAGGACCGCUGUAGAGCCGAGGUCAACGACCUGCUACAAGACCGAAAGACAGAGGACUUAAACUGGGAGGACCUGAGCAGCCUCCCCUUCACCACCAUGUGUAUCAAAGAGUCUCUGAGACUGCACUCCCCCGUGUCUGCUGUCACCAGACGAUACACUAAGGACAUCACGGUGCCAGGUGGACGGGUCAUACCACAGGGUAGCAUCUGUCUGGUGAGCAUCUAUGGGACCCAUCACAACCCUGAGAUCUGGCCUGACCCAGACGUCUACAACCCCAUGCGCUUUGACCCUGAGAACUCAAAGGACCGUUCAUCCCAUGCCUUCAUACCCUUCUCUUCAGGACCUAGGAACUGUAUAGGUCAGAAGUUUGCCAUGGCGGAGCUGCGUGUGGUGGUGGCGCUGACCUUGAGGAGGUUCCGUUUGACCCCUGGGGGGGUGGAGGUGAGGAGGCUACCCCAGCUGGUGCUCAGGGCCGAGGGGGGGCUGUGGCUGACGCUGGAGACCCUAGACACCCCCCAGGACUAACCCACCUCCAUCUCUCCUCUAUGGAUCAGACCUAGAGAAACUGAUUUCAUGAUUUUACUGUAUAAACAUACACUGAGUAUACAAAACGUUAAGAAUACCUUAACACAGUAAAAUACAUAGGCCUAAAGCCGACAAAUAAAAACAGUCAAAUCAUAGGCCUAAAGCCGACAAAUAAUAACAAUAAAAUCAUAGGCCUAAAGCCGACAAAUAAAAACAAUAAAAUCAUAGUUCUAAAGCGACAAAAUAAAAGACAAAUAAAAACAGUAAAACAUCCUGAUGAAAGUGCAGGUUCUCAUGAAUCUCUCUACUCAGCCUCUCUGUCUUGACUUGAGCUAUGACUCAACGUUAUCAGGACAGAGAAACCACAUACAUGCUCUUUGUUCUCUCAGUUGGAUAGAAAAAUAAACCGGUACUUGUUGUUUCUCACAAGUGUAUCAGGUUGUGAACUCUGCAAAUAACGUUUCCACUCCGGGAAGGAGAACGGUAAAUGACUGGAAUACAUGCAUUAAUAUGAAUAUAACCACAUGACGGGAUGAACGGUACAUCUACUAUGCCUACUGGCUACAUAUAUGAUGGAGAAUGGAACAAAACAAACAAUCGAAGAGCACACAAUUCACAACAAAGAAACAAUGAAAGUGCAAGAAUUGCCAGGAGACAGCAGAGGGAACAUUCUGGAGGGCUGAGAGCAUGCAUUCUGGAGAGAGACUGCAUUCUGGAGAGAGAUGCCCAUAUCUUCUUCUUGUUGCAUCAUUUUAAAUUAGUCUCGAAGACACAUUCGCUUCACACAUUUUAGAUGUUUUCCACUGGCAGCCACAACUCAAUAAUCAGCUAAGCCUAUUGCCAUAGGCUACCUGCCGCUUAUGAUGCUCUGUGGCUAAGUUAAGCUCUCUGGUAAAGUAUUUUGAAUUAUUUUAUUUAGACAGGAGUAAUUCUAUAAUGUUGGUAAAACAUCAAUUACUUUAGGGGAAGCCAGCAUCUGAACAGUGCACCGUGCACCCCUAACUUUCCUUUCUAAUUCACAAGUAGGCUGAAACCAGAGAUAAACAUAUAUAAUGACGAGAUGCUGAUGUCUCCGUCCUAACAAUGUGAGUCGUCCCAAAGGCGGGAAUGUAGGCUACAAGUUUAGGUCUGCAUAUCAUACCCAUAGAAACGCAUUGGGUUAAUUCAGGAUAUAUUUUGGCGAGAGUGAGCCCUCUCGCUUCCCCUAAUCCUCUGUGCUGAAACUAGAGAGAGAAACAGCGCCCCUCUGUUUCCUGAGGUGUAGACCAUGUAUCUGAUGCUAUCUGGCAGGAAAAAGUACUACAUGCCAUACUCCUUUUGUCCAGACAGCAUCAUUUACAGAGACAGAGGGACGCUUUUUCGCUCGCUCGAAUGCUUUAUCUGAGAUUGAUGCCUCUUAUUGUCGGCGCGCGUCUUGGUCAAAUAAAUGUUCAAUAUUUAUAUAUUUUAUUAGACGGUCAAGGACGUAGGUAAGGGCAGGCCAGCCCCCCUAGUUCCCGCCCAUAACGCCUACCGCCCAUAACAUUCCAGGCGCACCAGUUUGUGUCAAGAAGUGCAACGCUGCUGGGUUUUUCAGGCUCAACAGUUUCCCGUGUGUAUCAACAAUGGCCCAUCACCCAAAGGACAUCCAACCAACUUGAGAACAACUGGGAGAAGCAUAGGGUGGUACUGUAGGUAGCCUGGCACUUAAGAGCAUUGGGCCAGUAACUGAAAGGUCACUGGUUUGAAUCCCCUAGCAGACUCGGGGGAAAAAUCUGUCGAUGUGCCCUUGAUCAAGGCACUUAUCUCAAUUCGCUCUACAUAAGAGCGUCUGCUAAAGUGUAAAAUGGGCCAGCAUCCCUGUAGAACACUUUCGACACUUUGUAGAGUCCAUGCACAAAGAUUUUAAGCUGUUCUGAGGGCUAAAGGGGGGGGCAACUCAAUAUCAGGAAGGUGUUCCUAAUGUUUUGUCCACUCAGUGUACGUCAGCUGAAACAUGUAUUAGAACAUAAAUAUAUAUAGAAACAUUUCAAUGCACAGUGAAUGUAGGUCGGCCUACUGAAUGUAUGUGAACAUACAUUCAUUAAGUACUUUUUUAUCUGAAUUGUUAAUGUGAUUUUUGUAAGCUAUUUUUCUGCAGUGUGCGUGCAUUGUUAUUUUGAGAUUCAAUAAACAUAGCCUUGAUGAGUACUGUGCUAGCAUGUGAACCAGA